AGCCCCUCCGCGCCCCGCGCGGCCCGGAAGCGCUCUCGCGCGCGCCGGAAGCGCGUCCCCCGCGGCCCGGCCAAGAUGGCGGCUGAUGCCGCCACCGAGCUGCUGUUCCUGGACACGUUCAAGCACCAGAGCGCGGAGCAAAGUACCAACAUUGACGUGGUUCGGUUUCCAUGCGUGGUUUACAUCAAUGAAGUGCGAGUCAUUCCUCCAGGAGUGAGAGCUCACACAAGUUUGCCUGACAACAGGGCUUAUGGGGAGACAUCCCCCCAUUCAUUUCAACUGGACUUGUUUUUCAAUAACGUCAGCAAACCAAGUGCCCCUGUUUUUGAUCGGCUGGGAAGCCUUGAAUAUGAUGAAAACACUUCAAUUAUUUUCAGGCCCAAUGCAAAGGUCAACACAGAUGGAUUGGUUCUUAGAGGGUGGUACAACUGUCUGACUUUGGCAAUAUAUGGCUCAGUUGAUAGGGUAAUAACUCAUGAGAGAGAGUCACCUCCUCCACCACCCCCUCCGCCUCCACCUCCCCAGCAACAGCCUGGAUUGAAAAGGAAUCCAAAACAUGUUGAUGGAGAGAAAGAAGACCAAUUCAAUGGCAGUCCUCCAAGACCACAGCCCAGGGGACCAAGGACACCUCCAGGCCCUCCUCCUCCUGAUGAUGAUGAGGAUGAACCCAUGCCAGUGUCAGUGGUUGGGGAAAAAGAAGAUGAUGUGGACCACAGGGAGGAUUACUUUGAGCCGAUUUCUCCUGAUCGAACAUCCGUUCACCAAGAAAGCCAGUACUCGGACGAUGGAGAGGUAGAGGAAGAUCAGCCAGAGGAAGGGGAUGAUGAUGAUGAUGUGGAUGUUGAGGAGGAGGAGGAUGAGGACGACGAUGAUGACGAUGAUGAUGAUGGUCAUACAGUAGAGAGUAUUGCUGAUGAGGAAGAAGAAGAGGAGGAGGAAGAUGAUGAAGAUGAAGAAGAGGGUGAAGAGGAGGAAGAAGGUGAUGGAGAUGAUGGCUAUGAGCAGAUUUCAAGUGAUGAAGAUGUAAUUGCUGAUCUAGAACGUGAAACAUUUAAGUAUCCGAGCUUUGAUAUUGAAUAUACGCCUGAGGAUCUGGCAUCUGUGCCUCCUGUGACAUAUGAACCUUUUGAAAAGGAGCUUGGACCACUUUUAUACUUCAGCUGCCCUUACAAGACUGUAUUUGAAAAUGAAGUUGCUAAAAUAAAGGAUCAAGACACAGAAAAAGAAAAUUCAGGGGCAGUGGAAGGCUCAGUUAAAUUAACUGAACUGUUAGAAUUGUAUCAAGAGGAAAGGGGUGCAAAGUGGGUCACGGCAUUAGAAGAAAUUCCAAGUUUAAUAGUUAAAGAAUUGAGCUACCUGCUGGUGAAAGACACAAAGCAAGACUAUAUUACCCAGCUCGUAGACUGGACCCUGCAGGCUUUAAACCUUCAGGUGGCUCUCAAGCAGCCCAUUGCUUUGAACGUUCGACAGCUCAAAGCUGGGACAAAGUUGGUGUCUUCAUUAGCAGAAUGUGGGACUCAAGGAAUAACAGCACUCUUGCAGGCAGGAGUGAUUAAUGUGUUGUUUGAACUGUUGUUUGCAGAUCAUGUAUCAUCCUCCCUUAAACUUAAUGCUUUUAAAGCAUUGGAUAGUGUCAUUAGUAUGACUGAGGGAAUGGAGAUGUUUCUAAGAGGUGGCACAGAUGUACAUGAAAAAAGUGGUUAUCAGAAACUCCUGGAACUCAUACUGUUAGAUCAGACUGUGCGAGUUGUUACAGCUGGUUCUGCAAUUCUCCAGAAAUGCCACUUCUACGAGAUUCUGUCAGACAUUAAAAAGGUGGUGGAUCAGUUAGCAGAGAGCACUCCUCCUCUUCCUAAUCACACAGAGCCAGAACAGGACCAGGACUUGGCAGGACUUGAAAGAACCAACCAAGAAUAUGAAAAUGAUGUGGAGGCUCCUAUGGAUAUGGAUCAUCUUUUGGAAUCGUCUAAUAUAAGCGAAGGAGAGAUGGAAAAACUUGUUAGUCUUCUUGAAGAGAUCUUCCAUUUGAUGGAAACUGCUCCUCAUACAAUGAUUCAGCCCCCUGUGAAAUCUUUCCCAACCAUGGCACGCAUUACGGGCCCUCCAGAAAGGGAUGAUCCUUACCCUGUCCUGUUCAGAUAUCUUCAUAGUCACCAUUUCUUGGAAUGCAUUACUUUGCUACUGUCUCUUCCAGUGACAGGUGCACAUCCAGGUGUGCUCCAGGCUGUCCGAGAUAUAUUGCGUUUCCUGGCACAGUCACAGAAGGGUCUUCUUUUCUUUAUUUCUGAGCAUGAAGCAACAAACUUGUUGGUUAGAGCACUUUGUCAGUUUUCUGACCCAGAUCAAGAGGAAGGUCUGCAGUCAGAUGGUGCCAACGAGGAUCCUUUUGCCCUGUGGCUCCUGCAUUCAACGCAGACGUUACAGUGCAUUUCAGAAUUGUUCUGCCACUUCCAGCGGUGUGCAGCCAGCGAGGAGACUGACCACUCAGAUCUGCUGGGAACACUGCACAACCUUUACUUGAUCACCUUUAACCCUGUAGGAAGAUCUGCUGUGGCUCAUGUAUUCAGUCUGGAAAAAAAUCUCCAGAGUCUUAUUACUUUAAUGGAGUACUAUUCCAAAGAAGCUUUAGGAGACUCAAAGUCUAAGAAGUCAGUGGCUUAUAAUUACGCCUGCAUCCUUGUUUUGCUGGUGGUACAAUCUUCCAGUGAUGUCCAAAUGCUGGAACAGCACUCAGCACCUCUGCUGAAGCUCUGUAAAGCAGAUGAAAAUAACACCAAGUUGCAAGAGCUCAGCAAGUGGCUGGAACCUUUGAAAAAUCUUCGAUUUGAAAUAAAUUGUAUUCCAAAUCUUAUUGAAUAUAUCAAACAGAAUAUUGACAGUUUGAUGACUCCAGAUGGAGUUGGUCUUCCCACUGCACUUCGUGUUCUCUGUCAUAUUGCAUGUCCACCGCCUAUGGUAGAAGGUCAACAGAAAGACCUUAAGUGGAAUCUUGCAGUUAUUCAGCUCUUCUCUUCUGAGGGAAUGGACACCUUCAUCCGGGUGUUACAGAAGCUGAACAGCAUCCUUAUUCAGCCUUGGAGACUCCAUGUCAACAUGGGCACCACGCUGCACAGAGUCACUACUAUUUCCAUGGCCCGCUGUACACUGACUCUGCUUAAAACAAUGCUGACAGAGCUCCUGAGGGGAGGCUCCUUUGAAUUCAAGGACAUGCGUGUUCCUGCAGCACUUGUUUCCUUACACAUGCUCCUCUGCUCUAUUCCGCUCUCAGGCCGCUUAGACAGCGAUGAACAAAAAAUCCAGAAUGACAUUGUUGAUGUCUUACUGACCUUUACACAAGGAGUUAAUGAAAAACUUACCAUUUCUGAGGAAACUUUGGCAAACAAUACUUGGUCUCUAAUGCUGAAGGAAGUUCUCUCAUCAAUUUUGAGGAUUCCUGAAGGCUUUUUCUCUGGACUUAUACUGCUUUCAGAGUUGUUGCCUCUUCCACUGCCCAUGCAGACUACUCAGGUAAUUGAAGCCCAUGAUAUUGCAGUGGCACUGAACACCAGGAAGCUGUGGAGCAUGCACCUGCACGUGCAGGCCAAGCUGAUCCAGGAGAUCGUUCGCUCUUUCUCCAGCUCGUCCUGCCAGCCCAUUCAGCACAUGUUGAGGAGGAUUUGUGUUCAGCUCUGUGACUUGGCUUCACCUACUGCUCUGCUCAUCAUGAGGACAGUAUUGGAUCUAAUUGUAGAAGACCUGCAAAGCAACACAGAAGACAAAGAGAAACAGUACACUGGACAGACCACUCGACUGCUUGCUUUGUUGGAUGCCCUGGCUUCACAUAAAGCUUGUAAAUUGGCUAUUCUGCAUCUUAUCAAUGGAACUACUAAAGGGGAUGAAAAGUAUGGAGAGGUUUUCCAGGAGCUCUUGGCUUUGAUGCGAUCAGCUGGGGACAAUGUCACUCAUCAGCAGUGUUCUGAAUAUGUAACUUCCCUUUUGCAGUCGCUCUGUGAUCAGGAUAUUGCACUUAUUUUACCAAGUUCAUCAGAAGGCUCUGUGUCUGAAUUAGAGCAGCUUUCCAACUCCUUACCAAGCAAAGAGCUGAUGCCCUUAAUUUGUGACUGUCUGAUGGAAACAUUAACGAAUUCUGAGAGCAGUUACAGCUGUCUGCUGACAUGCAUCCGAACAAUGAUGUUCCUUACGGAGCACGACUAUGGCUUCUACCACUUGAAGAGCUCUCUAAGAAAGCACAGCAAUGCUCUGUACACUGUGUUGAAGCGAGUAAUAACUAGUUUCAGCAAAGACACGGGUGAACUGGCCUCUUCAUUUUUGGAUUUUAUGCGACAGAUUCUGAACUCUGAUACGCUGGGAUGUUGUGGAGAUGAUGGAAGCCUUAUGGAAACAGAUGGAUCCCAUUCAGGCAGAACGCUGGGUCUUACCACUGCAGAGUUAAAACAUCUACUGCAAAACAAAGAAGAAACCCCAGAAAGCCUGCUUCUUGAUCUGGAGAAACAUGUUAUGGAUCGUUCCAAGGAAGAUGAUGGCCUUGAAUCCUUACUGGACAACAUUGUUGGAGUAAGGCAGAUGUUGGAGUCAGCAGGUGAUUCUUGUCCACUGAGUGACCAAGAUGUUGAGCCUACUCUUUCUGCACCAGACUCUCUUCAGAACUUGUUUAACAACAGGACUACGUACGUGUUGGCAGAUGUGAUGGAUGACCAGCUGAAGUCCAUGUGGUUCUCACCCUUUCAGGCUGAAGAAAUAGACACUGACCUAGAUAUGGUAAAAGUUGACUUAAUUGAACUGUCAGAGAAGGGCUGCAGUGACUUUGACUUGCAGGCUGAAUUGGAGAGGUCAUUUUUGUCAGAACCAUCAUCUCCUGGACGCACAAAAACCACAAAAGGGUUCAAGCUUGGCAAGCACAAGCAUGAGACCUUCAUAACUUCAAGUGGGAAAUCUGAGUACAUAGAGCCUGCAAAGAGAGCUCAUGUUGUGCCACCACCCAGAGGAAGAGGAAGGGGAGGAUUUGGACAAGGAAUUCGACCACACGAUAUCUUCCGUCAGAGGAAACAGAACACAAGCAGGCCACCCUCCAUGCAUGUGGAUGAUUUUGUGGCUGCAGAGAGCAAAGAAGUGGUUGCUCCAGAUGGGAUACCACCAGCCAAAAGGCCACCAAAAGUGUCACAGAAGAUUUCUUCGCGUGGUGGAUUCUCAGGGAACCGUGGAGGACGAGGAGCUUUUCACAGUCAGAACAGGUUCUUUACACCGCCUGCUUCAAAAGGAAAUUACAGUCGUCGUGAAGGUGCUCGAGGCUCAAGUUGGAGUGCACAGAGUACGCCCAGGGGAACCUACAAUGACAGUAGAGGUGGUCAAAGCAAUUUUAACAGGGGUCCACUGCCACCACUGAGACCAUUAAGUUCAGCAGGCUACCGACCGAGUCCUCGCGAUCGUGCGUCCAGAGGCCGUGGAGGAAUUGGACCGUCUUGGACAAGUGCUAAUAGUAGUAGCAGUGGUGGCUCAAGAGGGAAAUUUGUUAGUGGAGGCAGUGGAAGAGGCCGUCAUGUACGUUCCUUCACACGAUAGAAUAAGACCCAGUGGUGGAACGGCUCAACCAUGUGGACUUCUGUGAAGAUGACAAAGAAAGCAGCGUCACUAACGGACCAAUUCAGUUUCUGGUAUCUGGAGGACACCAAGAGAAUAUUUUUGUCCGAAGAAAAAGCUUUUGUUUGAUACAAGAAUUGAAAUUUCAAUAAAAUUCAAGACUUUUUGUGUACAAUUGUAAAUUUUUUGUUCCUUUUGAAAGAAUGUUUCAGUUUUUUUGUGGAUUUCAGUAGACUAUACUCAGUAAAGCACCUCUUUCAGUUAAGACUUGAAGAACUUCUUAAAUAUUCAUUGUGCCAAAAGAAAGGUGCAAGUGUUUUGUGUGUGACUUAUUACUGCAAGAAAAUUAAAAAAUAUGUAUGUAAGGCAA